UCCCGCUCAAAAGCCAAACCUUUUGCGCUCUCUCUCAUCCUGUUGUCCGAGCCUGAACAAAGGAAAAAAAAAAAAAAACUUCUAUCAUUUAAAUCCAAAAUCAUUUUCCGACAACUUGAAUUCUCUUACAAUCUUCACUUUCAAUUCUGGUCAUCGUCGUAUUUACUAUUUAUUCGCAAAAACAAAAAAAUCAAUGUCCGCUACGUCAGCUCGCCGCCCCAAAGACCGGACCAUCUCCGUCGCCGUUGCCGGAGCCAAAUCCUCCGCCGCCACAACCGCCGUUAAGUCAUUCAAGUCCGUGACUCCGGUUCCGGUUUCCGACAAGCGAUUCCCCACGGGCAAGGAGAACAGCUCCGGGCCCAUUUCCAAGGCCCAGAAGCCCGUGAUCCGGCACGUGGCCCGCGUCGAGCGGGCCUUCUCAGCCGCCGGCAAUGGCGUCCGGUGGUCCACGUCGUCGGCGUCGCGAGGACGGAGCCCAAGUCCGUUGGAAAUUCGCAGAGAUAGGAGGGUUUCGGUUGAUAAGAACGAUCGGAUCGUUUCAAGCGCUGGUAAGGCUUUUUCUAAUGUUAGGGUUUCUGAUUUUGGGAAGGAGAAGAAGGGAUUUGGCGAUUCGGGGGUGAAAGUUAAAGUGAGUGACUUUAGAGGUGCGAACGGGAUUAGGGCUUUCAGAGGCAGUAAAGAGAAUGGAAAAAUUGAUGAGAUUUCGGAGAAAUUGAGCGACGUGGUUUUCGAUGUGAAAGCGAUUCAAAUCGAGAAGAGUGUAAAUGUCGUUAAGAUUGACGAUCUGAAAUCGCGAGAAAGUGUUGAUCUUGGUGUUGAUGACUUAGCUCUGAAGUUUGUUAAUGGUGUUGAUUUGGGGAAAAAAGAAGAGGGUGAGAAAAUUGUGAAGGAAGUGAAGAUUUCGGAGGGUUCUAAAGAGAGCAAGUAUUCGAGUAAGCUACACGAGAAGCUUGCAUUUUUGGAAGGGAAGGUUAAGAGAAUUGCCUCGGAUAUCAAGAGGACUAAGGAGAUGUUGGAUCUGAAUAACCCUGAUGCGUCAAAGGUGAUAGUUUUGGAUAUUCAGGACAAGAUUUCCGGGAUUGAGAAGGCCAUGGGUCACGUGGUGGGAGAUUCCGAUGCCAAGAUGGGCUCUUUGAAAGCGACUGUGGUUGAUGAUGUUGUUACGAAAAUGGUUGAGAAUGGUGGGUUGGAGAAGAUGGAGAACAAUGGUAAAGUUUCGGUGAAAGGUUUGAAUACUGAUGAAUUGGAAGCUAGAUUGUUUCCUCAUCAUAAGUUGCUUAGGAAUCGAAUAGCCAUGUUGGAAACAUCAUCAGGAAGUUCUCUAAGUGUUGGUGAGUCUGGUGUUCGAGAGUUUGGUUGUGGAUUAAAGGGAGAAGACAAGGCAUUGAUCCCGAUAGACGAGAACCCGAUAGCAAUUGAAAUCCUGCUGUCCUUGGAUAAGGAGCAAACGCAGGUAACGGCGAGAGAAAGGCAGGCUCGUUUUGAAUGUGUUGAUGUUCAGGAAACUGAUGGUGAAAAUGCAGCAGCAGGGCAAAAUUCUUUGGAUGUGACUAUUCGAAAAGGUGACGUUGAGCUUGUGUUGACAACUGAUGAAACGUUUGAAGAAUUCGACGAUCAGGAGAAUAGGCCAGGAAUGAUAAUUGAAGAGGAAACUGACGAAAAUUGCAUUUACCAGAUGAAUCAAUUGGGUUGCAAGACGUCGACGGGAGGGUGGUUUGUGUCCGAGGGAGAAUCGGUUCUUCUUGCUCAUGAUGAUGGUUCAUGUAGCUUUUAUGAUAUCGUCAACAAUGAGGAGAAAGCUGUAUAUAAGCCUCCUGCUGGUGUUUCUCCAAACAUGUGGAGAGACUGUUGGGUAAUCCGGGCUCCUAGUGCGAACGGUUGCUCCGGUAGGUAUGUUGUGGCUGCAUCUGCUGGGAAUGCUUUGGAUUCCGGUUUCUGCUCUUGGGAUUUCUACACCAAAGAAGUGCGAGCUUUCCACAAUGAGAGCGGAACAACUCCUUCAAGAAUGGUACUCGGUCCCCUACCUGGCAACAUCUCAUACAUGAGAAAUGCUCUGUCUAGCCUUAUGGAACCAGAAACUCGACAAUGGUGGUACAAGCCUUGUGGACCUCUUAUUACUAUCACUGCUAGUGGCCAGAGAGUAGUCAAAAUUUAUGACAUCCGCGAUGGAGAGCAGAUCAUGAAAUGGGAUGUUCCGAAGCCUGUGUUAUCGAUGGACUAUUCAAGCCCCUUGCAGUGGAGAAACAGAGGAAAAGUAGUUGUAGCUGAAGCAGAAUCUAUUUCUCUUUGGGAUGUAAACUCCCUUAAUCCUCACGCAUUGUUAUCUGUUCCUUCAUCUGGCCGAAAAAUCUCUGCUCUUCAUGUGAACAACACCGAUGCUGAACUUGGUGGAGGUGUUAGGCAAAGGCUAAGUUCGUCAGAAGCUGAAGGAAACGAUGGAGUAUUCUGCACUCAUGAUUCUAUUAACAUCUUGGACUUCCGCCACCCAACUGGUGUUGGCCUUAAGAUAUCGAAAUUUGGCACGAAUGUGCAGUCGGUUUUCUCUCGUGGUGAUUCGGUCUUUCUUGGCUGCACAAACGUGAGGUCAGUGGUCAAAAGACAGUCCUCUUCAGAAGUGCAGCAAUUUUCGCUGCGCAAGCAAAGGCUAUUCAGCACUUACGCCUUGCCUGAAUGCAACGCCGACGGCCAUCAUGCAGCCAUUACGCAAGUCUGGGGAAAUUCAAACAACGUCAUGGGUGUUUCGGGAUUGGGGCUGUUUGUAUUUGAUGCCUUGAAGGAUAAUGAGCUGCAAUGUUUCAGCACUGAUCAAGGAAAUACACAAAUGGUUAGAGAAAUUGUUGGACCAGAUGACUUGUAUUUGCCGUCGUUUGAUUACUCUGCAUCUCGGGCUCUCCUUAUAUCUAGAGAUCGCCCAGCAAUGUGGAGGCACUUAUCGUAAGAUGUUACAUCUUGUAACUCUUACGACAUAAUCUAUUAGGUACGAGGCUUUCAACAUAAGAAUAUGUUGUCGUUUUUUUUUUUCUU